AUGGCUAAUUAUACACUUCUGUUGUGUAUCUUGAGACCAUCUCCUAACUCCCUAUGUCUUCUUUUUUAUCCUGCCAUUAUCAAAACUUUAUUUGAAAAGUUGCCAGAAUUUCUUUUUGAAAAAGUGAACAGUGAUGGAAUCAGCAUGCCUCGACUCAUCAUCAGUCAACUGAAAUGGCUUGACAGAAUUGUGGAUGGCAAGGAUCUCACCACCAAGAUCAUGCAGCUGAUCAGUAUUGCUCCCCUGUACCUGCAGCAUGACUUCGUCACCAGCCUACCUGAGAUCCUGGGGGAUUCCCAGCAUGCUGAUGUGGGGAAAGAACUCAGUGACCUUCUAACAGAGAAUACUUUACUCAUGGUUCCUAUCCUGGACGUCCUUUCCAGCCUCUGACUUGAUCCAAAGCUCCUGUCUAAGGUCCGCCAGUUGAUGAUGGGUAAGCUGUCAUCUGUCAGAUUGGACCAUUUACCUGUGAUAAUCAAGUUCAUUCUUCAUUCUGUAACAACCACAGAUGCACUUGAGGUAAUUUCUGAGCUUCAGGAGCAGUUGGAUCUGCAGCAUUGUAUUUCGCCAUCACAGUUGCAGGCUUUCCAAAGCAGGUUGAAAAAUAAAGAACGAAGAAGUUUUUCAGGAAAUCAAGAAAACAGCGGUCAGGACUGUGUUAUUCUUCUCUUUGAUGUAAUAAAGUCAGUUGUUAGAUAUGAGAAAACCAUUUCAGAAGCCUGGAUUAAGGCAAUUGAAAACACUGCCUCAGGGUCUGAACACAAGGUUUUUGACCUGACGAUGCUUCUCAUCAUCUAUAGCAUAAACACUCAGACAAAGAAGUACAUUGAAAGAGUGCUAAGAAAUAAGAUUCGAUCAGGCUGCUUUCAAGAACAGCUGCUACAGAGUACAUUCUGUAUUCAUUAUUUGGUUCUUAAGGAUGUUUUUCUGUCCAUUCUGUCACUGGCUCAGAGUUUCCUGCACUCCCUAGAUCAGAGUAUAGUUUUGUUUGGCAGUCUCUUGUACAAAUAUGCAUUUAAGUUUUUUGACACACUUCUAAAACAGGAAGUGGUUGGUGCCCUGGUGACCCAUAUCUGCAGCGGGAAUGAAGCUGAAGUUGACACUGCCCUGGAUAUCCUCCUAGAGUUGGUAGCUCUAAACCUAUCUGCUAUGAGGCUGAAUGCUGUCUUUGUGAAGGGCAUUUUAGAUUAUCUAGAUAACAUGUCCCCUCAACAAAUAUGAAAACUCUUCUAUAUUCUCAGCACACUGGCAUUUAGCAAACCACGUGAAGCCAGCAGUCACAUCCAGGAUGACAUGCACUUGGUGAUACGAAAACAGCUGUCUAGCACCAUAUUCAAGUACAAGCUUGUUGGUAUUAUUGGCGCUGUCACCAUGCCUGGCAUCAUGGCGGCAGACAGAUCUUCCAGUUUGACCCAAGGGAGAGCAAUGAACAGUGCACACAGGUGAGUUCUUGUGCCCUCCCUGCUGCAGUUGGUUCAUUCCUGCCGUAAGCAGUCUCCUGGGGCCUCUGCACUUUAUUAUGAUGAAUUUGCCAACCUGAUCCAAGAAGGCAAGCUGGCCCCAAAAGCCCUGGAAUGGGUUGAGCAGACCAUCUCUAAUGAUUUCCAAGAUGCCUUUGUGGUGGACUUAUGUGUUGUUCCAGAAGGUGACUGUCCAUUUCCCAUGAAAGCUCUCUAUGGACUAGAAGAAUAUAAUAGUCUUGAUGGGAUCGCCAUCAACCUCUUGCCACUGUUGUUCUCCCAGGACUUUGCAAGAGAUGGGGGUAGAGUGACCUCACAGGAAUCAGACCAAAAAUUGGUGUCUCCACUGUGCCUGGCUCCCUAUUUCCGGUUACUGAGACUUUGUGUGGAGAGACAACAUAAUGGAAACCUGGAGGAGUUUGAUGGUUUAUAGGAUUGUCCUGUAUUACUCACUGACCUAGAGCCUUGAGAGAGGCUGGAGUCCAUGUCUGUUAAAGAGUAUUUGUUCGUGUAUUCACUCAUAUUUCUUACUCUCAACUGGUUCCGAGAGAGUGUAAAUGCCUUCUGCCGGCAAACGUCACCCGAGAUGAAGGGGAAGGUGCUCACCCGGUUAAAGCACAUUGUAGAGCUACAGAGAAUCCUGGAAAAGUACCUGGCAGUCACCCCAGACUAUGUUCCUACCCUUACAAACUUUGACUUGGAAACUUUAGAUAUAACACCUCAUGCUAGUACUGCUGUUUCAGCAAAAAUCAGAAAACAGGGAAAGAUAGGAGGAAGGAACCGAAAAGCAGAUGGCAGAAAAACAUCCUCCCUUGACACACUUUCAAAGGAGGGUAGUUCGGAAGGUGACGCUACACCGUCUGAUAGAAGCCAGCUGGAAAAGGAGUUCAAAAGGAAAGAAGAAAAGACAUCAGUGUCACUACAGAACUACCGAGCUUUUUUCCGAGAGCUGGAUAUUGAAGUCUUCUCUAUUCUGCAUUGUGGGCUUGUGACCAAGUUUAUCUUAGAUACUGAAAUGCAUACUGAAGCUACAGAAGUUGUGCAACUUAAGCCCCCUGAGCUGCUUUUCUUGCUAGAAGAUCUCUCCCAGAAGGUGGAGAAUAUGCUCACACCUGUUGCCAGGAGAGUCCCCUUCCUCAAGAGUAAAGGAAGCCGGAAUAGAUUCUCACAUCUCCAUCAGAGAUGUGCCCAAGAAAUUGCUUAUAGUAUCGUUCAACUGCUGACUCCAAUGUGUAACCAUCUGGAGAACAUUCACAACUGUUUUCAGUGCUUAGCUGCUGAGAAUCAGGGUGUAGCUGAUGGACCAGGAGUGAAAAUUCAGGAGUACCACAUUACGUCUUCCUGCUAUCAGAGGCUACUGCAGAUUUUUCAUGGGCUUUUUGCUUGGAGUGGAUUUUUUCAACCUGAAAAUUAUAAUUUACUGUGUUCAGCCCUCGAGGUCCUUACUAGCCAACUGAAGCAGAAAGAGCCUGACCAGCCCUUGGAGGAACUGCUCAGCCAGAGCUUCCAUUACUUGCAGAAUUUCCAUCACAGCAUUCCCACUUUCCAGUGUGCUCUUUAUCUCGUCAAACUUUUGAUGGUCCUUUUGGAGAAAUCUACAGCUCCUACUCAGAACAAAGGAAAAAUUGCUUCCCUGGCUAGACAAUUUCUCUGUCGGGUGUGGCCACAUGGAGAGAAAGAGAAGAGCAGCAUCCCUAAUGACCUGCUUCAUAUUUUGCUCAGCAUCUACCUGGAGCACACAGACAGUGUUCUGAAGGCCAUGGAGGAGAUUGCUGGCGUUGGUGUCCCAGGACUGAUCAACUGUCCUAAAGAUGCAUCUUCUUCCACAUUCCCUACACUGACCAGGCACACCUUUGUCAUUUUCUUUUGUGUGAUGAUGGCUGAACUUGAGAAGACGGUGAAAGGUCUUCAGGCUGGCGCAGCAGCAGCCUCACAGCAGAUUUAUGAAGAGAAGCUCCUCUACUGGCACAUGGCUGUUCGAGACUUCACUAUCCUCAUCAACCUGAUAAAGGUGUUUGAUAGUCGUCCUGUUCUGCAUGUAUGUUUGAAGUACAGGCGUCUCUUUGUGGAAGCAUUUCUGAAGCAGUGUAUGCCGCUCUUAGACUUCAGUUUUAGAAAACACCGGGUAAGAACUGAGAGCAGAGAGCAAAGACAUGCUCUGUACAGUUGUUCAGAAGAUACAUCCAUGGUGCUUCGGUUUAUGCUCCUAUUCGGUGUUCAAGAUGUCAGGAAUUCAAAGUUUCUGUUCAGGAAACAGGAAAGCAUGUUGAUAAAUGCAGACGAGUUGGGUGCAUUUGUUUCCAUUCAGAUUCACCAGGACACGAAACUCACCAAACAUGUGCCUUUGCUCAAAAAGACCCUGGAGCUGUUAGUUUGCAGAGUGAAAGCCAUGCUCGUCCUCAACAACUGCAGGGAGGCUUUCUGGCUGGGCAAUCUCAAAAACCGGGACUUGCAGGGCGAAGAGAUUAUGUCCCAGAAUUCCCAGGAGAGCACAGCAGAUGACAUUGGGGAUGAUACGUCAUCCCAGGUCUCCAAGAGCAAAGCAACGGAGGGUGGUGAAGAAGAUAAAGCAAGUGAUGGAGAAAAGGAGCACAAUAGUGAUGCAAGUGAUGACGACUCUGAUUAGACCUCUCCAUCUCUGCCAUCCUCUUAGCAUUUUAUGUGCAGGGUUUGAUAUCUGCUCUCUGCCUUUCUAACUGGAAGCAUCCUAUUUUGUCCUUAAAGAGGGGGCUUUAUUGAAUCAACUUAAUUGUGGAUUUUAUAGAUUGUCUAACAUCAUCAAAGACCCUGGCUCAGAAUUUGAAUGUAGCAGUACUUUCAAUUUGGGCAAACGUAGCAGUGCUGUGCUGCAGAGUGGUCAUGAUUCUGGGCUUUGGGAACUAGUUUUAAAACUCUGAUUUAUUCUAGAAUUUAGGCUUCUACCAGUUUUAUAGAUAAAUUCUGUUUUAGGUUCUG